GCAGAAGAUUGGCUCCAACUUAACACAGGGGCAUGAGAGCAAAAGACGUGUUUGACGCGGCGAAGCCCUCUUUCGGAUCUUUUGGGAAACAGAAUCAGCAGCAAAUUGGCUUGUGGUCGAUGGAGCUAUUUGUAACAGCGCAGCGAGCUGCUUUAGGUGGGUAAAGAUAGCAGUUUGUGUGGGUUGCUGGUGGCUUCGCUGCUUUCAAAGUGCCUGCUCACAAUAAGCAGGAGCUCCUGCUCCAGCAGCUGAGACCAGAGCAGCAUCACAGCCUCGCGCUGCAUCACACACGUCCGGAUAAAGGUGAUAAAGGUGACCCGAGCAGCUGAACUGACAAGUUUGGAGGAUAUUGGGAGGAGCUCAUCUUUAAAAUGCCCGUGGCAACAUCCAGCUCUGAUUCUGCCAUGCAUCAGGCUCUAGACACACUGAGUGACAGCACGAGCUCAACAACAGCCAAUGACCUGGAUCUCAUCUUCCUCAAAGGCAUCAUGGAGAGCCCAGUGGCCCAUGAGCGGUUUGAGGAACCCAAGCUGGAGGCUGUGAGUGAGAACAACAUGGAGCUGGUCCAGGAUAUCCUUAAAGAGCUCGGCCCGCUCGCCCACAGGUGCCAGGCAGCUGACGAGCUUGUCCGUAUCCUGAAGGAACCCCACUUCCAGUCUCUCCUGGAGACCCACGAUUCUGUGGCAUCCAAAAACUACGAGACCCCUCCUCCCAGCCCCUGUUCCUUCAUGGACGCAGCCCUAAACAAUCAGCCCGUACCCCCAGAUGCAGUCCGGAUGGUGGGCAUCCGUAAGGUGUCUGGUGAGCACCUGGGCGUUACGUUUCGAGUGGAGAGCGGCGAGCUGGUGAUUGCCAGGAUCCUUCACGGCGGCAUGAUUGACCAGCAGGGUCUGCUCCACGUGGGUGACAUCAUCAAGGAGGUGAAUGGCAAGGAGGUGGGCAACGACCACAAGGUGCUGCAGGAGAUGCUGAAGGAGGCGAGUGGCAGCGUGGUGCUCAAGAUUCUGCCCAGCUACCAGGAGCCCCACACACCGCGGCAGGCCUUUGUGAAGUGUCACUUUGAUUACGACCCAACUCACGAUAACCUGAUUCCCUGCAAGGAGGCGGGCCUCAGCUUCGGCAGUGGAGACAUUCUGCAGAUCUUCAACCAGGAAGACCUGAACUGGUGGCAGGCGUGCCACCUAGAAGGAGGUAGUGCGGGCUUAAUUCCGAGCCAGCUCCUUGAGGAGAAGAGGAAAGCGUUUGUGAAGAGAGAUCUGGAGCUCGCCACCACAGGUCCUCUGUGUGCAGGCAUGGGUGGGAAGAAGAAGAAAAAGAUGAUGUAUUUGACCACCAAGAAUGCAGAAUUCGAUCGACACGAGCUGCGAAUCUAUGAGGAGGUGGCCAAAGUUCCUCCCUUCAGGAGGAAGACGCUGGUUCUGAUCGGAGCACAGGGGGUCGGUCGCCGUAGUCUGAAGAAUAAGCUGCUGGUGUCGGAUCCACAGCGUUAUGCCACCACCAUACCCUUCACCUCCAGAAAACCGAAGGUGGAUGAGCGAGAUGGUCAAAUGUAUUCCUUCAUGACCCGCAGCGAAAUGGAGUGCGACAUCAAAAAUGGUCGUUUCUUGGAGCACGGCGAGUAUGAUGGGAACCUGUACGGCACAAAGAUCAACUCCAUACAUGAGGUGAUAGAAACAGGAAAGAUUUGCAUCCUGGAUGUCAACCCUCAGGCUCUUAAAGUCCUGCGGACAUCUGAAUUCCUGCCCUUUGUCGUGUUCAUCGAAGCCCCGGACUUCGAAGUCCUCAAAGCUAUGAAUAAGUCAGCUAUCGAGUCAGGAGUUAUCACGAAACAGUUAACGGACUCUGAACUAAAACGGACGGUGGACGAGAGUGAGCGCAUCAAGAGAGCCUACGGACAUUACUUCGACCUUUGCAUCAUAAACGACGGCCUGGAAGCGGCAUUCCGGAGUCUGCGGUCGGCGCUGGAGAAACUGUCGAUGGAGAACCAGUGGGUGCCUGUCAGCUGGGUGUUCUGAGAGUCAGCGGCGGCUCGCCAGCAGAAUGUCGGAGUCAGAGGUCGGAGGACGGUUUAUCAUCGGCAGCUCUGCACGUUGCGUCUCCGUGCGGCCGGCGGCGGCGGGGGCGUGUGGCGGACGAGCUGAGCGUCGUAAUUCUGUGCAAAUGACCAGCCUCAUGUAGAGCAUUUUUGUACAGACUUAGUGUUGCUCCGUUGAGCCUCACGUCAAGUUGCAUUUUAUUCGUCAGAACUGGAAUAACUCUAUCGAUGUUUUCGUUGGGAAGGACUUAGAGAUGAGUUGUAGUGCAAUAGUGCGAGUGGGUGUGUAGUGUCAUAAACGUGGAAAUAGAUUCAUGCAUACGUUUUACAGGUAACAGUGCUCAGUUGGCGGUUUUUGUGGAACGAAAACAUUUUUAGCCUUUACAAAUCUUAAAAACUUUACGUGGUGCAAUGUUUACAUGGGAUUAGAGGGACACGUUGAGGAAAGAUACAAAAUGUUGCUUUUUUUAUUGAACACUCAAUAUUUAAUCAUUUAAACACAUGGUAUGAUUGUGUGUUCAGAAAGUUGCUUAAUCUUGUAUGUCUCACCUCAUUUAAAAAAAAAACCACAGCAAUAGAUGAUUUAAAUACACGUGCAAUACAUUCACCCACGCUUCGUCGUCAAAAGUCAUUGCGUUCAGACAUUAAAUACGAAGAGAAGAAAACAUUUCUCAUUAGUCCUGAAGUCUCCGUUUGUGUUACUUCCUCUGAAAUGUUUAUAAUAGUGAGCGUUUCCUGUCCUGUGCUGGACAAGCUCACAUUUGUUUGACAGUGAGGGGAUCCGGCAGUGUUUCACAACCUUUCAUCUGUAGCACUGAGAACAUUUACACCCUCAAUACAAAGCAAGGAAGAAGUAGCCCGAGGUGCAGUGUGCAUUUCAUAAUAAAAGGGGAACAUUUAUCUUUUCAUUAGCAGCUGGACGGGUGAUAAAAAAUUAUUAUUUUUUGUUUAUUUUGAUGUACAAGCAGUAAAAUGGUUACUUUUGCCUUAACAUGGUUUAAUAAGCCAAGGAAACACUAUUUUUCAUUGUUUCUCUUCUAUCACUGUUCAUGUUUCUUCUUAGAAAAAAAAGGAAAAAUAUAACUGGCAAUGUAUUUAAUAUUUAUUUAAUUUUCCUUUCACCCUGUAAGUACUGUAUUGUAAAAA